AUGGAUAAAUCAUGGAUGUCAAAGAGUAGAUUAUCUAAAGAGUUUGAGUUGGGUGUAGAUAACUUCAUCCGAUUUGGAUUUUCCAAUACAAAUAAUACUUCCAUACGUUGUCCUUGUUUAAAGUGUGGAAAUUGCCAAAAACAUAAAGCCAAUGAUAUUAGAGAUCAUUUAUAUUUUAAUGGUAUUGAUGAAAGUUAUAAGAUUUGGUUUUGGCAUGGCGAAGAACUUCCAAAUUCAUCCUUCCAUGGAGAAUCCUCUAAGUGUAUGUAUGAAGAGAAUGAUGUUGGAAAUAUAAAGGAAAUGGUUGAAAUUGCUCAUGAGCAAUAUUCAAAGGAUCCAAGUGGUUUCGAAAAAUUGCUCAAUGAUUCUGAGAAGCCGUUAUAUGAAGGAUGCAAAAAAUUCACCAAAUUGUCUACAUUAGUGAAGUUGUAUAACUUAAAAGUUAAACAUGGAUGGAGUAACAUUAGUUUCUCUGAACUACUAAAAGCGUUAAAAGACAUCUUACCUUCUCCUAAUGAGCUCCCUACAUCGAUGUACGAAGCAAAGAAAAUGUUAGGUGCACUAGGAAUGGAAUAUAAAAAGAUUCAUGCAUGCCCUAAUGAUUGUUGCUUGUAUCGAAAGGAAUAUGCCAAUGCAAUUGUAUGUCCUCAAUGUGGUGAGUCUAGGUGGAAAUAUGGUAAAGAUGAAAAUGAGAAAAAGAAAAUUCCUGCUAAAAUAAUGUGGUACUUUCCACCUAUUCCACGAUUUCAACGAAUGUUUAGAAGUGUUGAAUGUGCUAAAAACUUAACUUGGCAUGCUAAUGAAAGAGAAGUUGAUGAUAAAUUACGGCAUCCUGCUGACUCUCCAUCUUGGAAGUUAAUCGACACCAUGUGGCCAAAUUUUAGUUCUGAACCUAGGAAUCUUCGUUUAGCAUUGUCAGCAGAUGGAAUAAAUCCACAUAGUGAUAUGAGCUCCAAGUACAGUUGUUGGCCAGUUGUGAUGGUGAUUUAUAAUCUUCCCCCAUGGUUGUGUAUGAAACGAAAGUUCAUGAUGUUAUCAAUAUUGAUUUCAGGUCCAAAGCAACCAGGGGAUGACAUUGGGAUAUACUUAGAACCAUUGAUUGAUGAUUUAAAACUUUUGUGGGAAAGUGGUGUGGAAUGCUACGAUGCCUACAAUGAAGAACUAUUCAACUUAAGAACAAUUUUAUUAUGGACGAUCAAUGAUUUUCCAGCAUAUGGAAACCUUAGUGGAUGUAGUGUGAAAGGGUAUAAGGCAUGUCCAAUUUGUGGAGAUAACACAUCUUCAAUACGAUUGAAAUAUGGAAAAAAAAUGGCAUACCUUGGGCAUCGAAAAUUUCUACCACAGAAUCAUCCUUUUCGUCGUAAAAAAAAAUCAUUUAAUGGUCAGCGAGAACUUGGAAGUAUUCCCGAACCUUUGUCUGGGGAGGUUGUAUUUGACAAAACUAAAGAUCUUGACAUUCAAAGAGGAAAAAUAAACAAGAAAAGAAAACAUUCUAAGAAAAGCAUAAAGAGUUGUUGGAAUACGCAGUCUGCUUUUUUUGAGCUCCCCUAUUGGAAGCAUCUUCAUGUUAGACAUUGUUUAGACGUGAUGCAUAUUGAGAAAAACAUUUGCAUGAAUAUUUUAGGUACACUUCUUGAUAUUCCAGGAAAAACUAAGGAUGGUUUGAAUGCUAGACGUGAUUUAGCUGAUUUAAAGAUUCGACCUGAGCUUACUCCUAUUAAUGAGGAUAGAAACAUAUUCAUUCCCCCUGCUUGUUAUACUCUUACUAAGAAAGAAAAACGUUUUCUUUUGAAGACUUUAUCAGAAAUGAAAGUUCCUCGGGGUUACUCUUCAAAUAUUAGGAAUCUUGUGUCAAUAGAAGAUUCAAAAUUGAAUGGUCUAAAAUCUCAUGAUUGUCAUGUCCUCUUACAACAAUUGCUCCCUGUUGCCAUCAGAUCUGUGCUUCCAAAACAUGUUCGAUAUGCUAUAACUCGUCUGUGUCUUUUCUUCAAUUCUAUAUGUAACAAAGUUAUAGAUGUUACACAAGUAGAGAAGUUGCAAGAAGACAUUGUUAUUACAUUAUGUUUAUUAGAGAAAUACUUCCCUCCUUCAUUCUUCACAAUAAUGGUGCAUCUCACUGUACACCUUGUUAGAGAAGUAAAACUUUGUGGGCCUAUUUAUUUGCGAUGGAUGUAUCCAUUUGAAAGGUUCAUGAAGGUUAUAAAAAAUGCUGUGAGAAAUCGACAUUGUCCUGAGGGUUGUAUUGCUGAAGGUUAUAUACUAGAAGAAGCUGUUGAAUUUUGUUCAGAAUUUGUAUGUGGAGUAGAUCCUAUUGGACUUGGUUGUCAUAAGUUAAGAGACAAUUUUGGCAAUUCAGAACUUGGUAGACCAUUGUCAAGUGGAGUUACUAACAUACCUGAACGAGAGCUUUUACAUCAAGCUCAUCGAUAUGUUUUGGAGAAUACUGUUGAUGUGCAACCAUAUAUAGAGAAACAUUUGAUCACAUUGCAACAACAACACCGAAGUAGAUCAAAAAACCAAAAAUGGAUUCAAGAUGAACACAACAAAACCUUCAUAGCUUGGUUACGAGAAAAGGUUGGAACGGAACUUGCAACAGGAGAUGUUGAGAUUUCAGAUAACUUGCGGUGGAUUGCUCAUGGCCCUCAUCCAGUUGUGACUACUUACAAUAGUUACGCUAUUAAUGGAUGUCAUUACCACACAAAGUUGCAUGAAAAAAACAAAAUUGUACAGAAUAGUGGAGUCAGUUUAGUUGCAAACGCAAUGCAAGUAUGUAGCUCGAAAGAUAAAAAUCCUAUAAUUGGAGAAAUCUCCUUUUAUGGUGUGAUAGAAGAGAUUUGGGAACUUAAUUAUAAUACAUUCAAGGUUGCUAUUUUUAAAUGUGAUUGGGUUGAAAACAGUGGUGGUAUCAAAACUGACGAGCUUGGGUUUGUGUUAGUUGACUUAAAUAGAAUAGGUCACAGGAACGAUUCUUUCAUACUCGCAACUCAGGCAAGACAAGUGUUUUUUGUCGAGGAUCCAAGUGAUAGUCGAUGGUCUAUUGUUCUUACUCCACCACAAAGGGAUUUCGAGGAUCAAUACAAUGAUGACGAACUUGGAGAUACAAUUCUAAAUUGUCAAGGAAUGCCUAAAGCUACGUUAGAUAUUGAAUCUAGGCUUGAUUUAGACGAUAACACUCCAACAUAUAUACGAUCUGAUUGUGAAGGCACAUGGAUUCCUAAUGAGUAA